AUGGGUGACGCUCCAUUCGUUCACAGCGUGGUGCUUCUGAAAGCGUCUGGAUUUGGCUUCUUAUCCGAGAGAAUGGGAGAAUAUUUAAACCACACUGGAAUAUCCUUCAACCUGUCCGACACAGACUUGGACCGGUUCAGCGGUCUGGGGGACAUUAAUGUGACGGCUGACGGUAGUCCUGUGAGGAUCCUGAUCUCCAUAGUCUACUCUGUCGUGUGCGCGGUGGGCUUAGUAGGGAAUUUAUUGGUCUUUUUCCUGAUGAAGGUUCGUCAAGGGAGGAAAAGGUCAACAAUCAACUUCUUCAUUCUCAACCUGGCUGUGACAGACUUCUUUUUUGUUUUAACUUUACCUUUUUGGGCCGUGGAUAACGCCCUGGACUUCAGCUGGCCGUUUGGAAACGUUAUGUGUAAGAUUAUUCUGUCGGUGACAAUCAUGAAUAUGUAUGCCAGCGUGUUCUUUCUCACGGCCAUGAGCGUGACGAGGUACUGGUCAGUCGCCUCAGCACUGAAGGACAGCACACGGCACAUAACCUGCUCCGUGAAGUGGGUGAGCGCGCUUCUCUGGGUGUCCGCCACUGUAGCCACGGCACCUACCGUUUUCUUUGCCACCGUUAACAACAUCGCCGGGGAGAAGUUAUGCCUUCUCAAAUUCCCUGAGGGCUAUCACUGGCUUGCUCUGUAUCAUCUUCAGAAAGUCAUCGUAGCAUUUGUUUUCCCCAUGCUGAUAGUCUCCAUUUGCUACGCACUACUUCUACGUUUCAUCCGUUUGCGAAGCAUGAACAACAAUCAUCCCGAACGAAGGUCCAGAGUCACCAGAUCUGUCACUAUCGUCGUGCUCUCCUUCUUCCUUUGCUGGAUGCCGAAUCAGGCUAUAACUUUAUGGGGAGUUUUGGUCAAAGUCAACCUGGUUCAUUUUGAUAAAGCCUAUUAUAUGGUCCACGCAUACAUAUUUCCUGUGACUGUUUGCCUUGCACAUGCCAAUAGUUGUUUAAACCCAGUUUUAUAUUGUCUUAUGAGAAGAGAGUUUCGGAAAAUGCUUAAGGACUUAUUCUGGAGGAUAUCGUCACCUACGGUGUCGAAAAGCUGUCACAUUCGACCAUUUUCUGCCACUCUGAAAGCUAAUAACGGCCAUACUCAAGCGAGUAUCCCGUUAAAUGUUAUUGAAACCGAGCAGUGCGGGCUAUCCGUAGAGAGCGGCCGGUACGACGCGCAUUCUUCCGCCAACAGCUGA